AUGGCUGCUUAUGAAGACGGUGGUGAUGGCUUCUACGGAGGCAGGAGGACUUAUGAAGGCGGCAUUGGACUUCCCCGAAGACCAAGACCCGUCACGGACUACGGCUCAUCAGUUGUGCAAUGGAUGCGGACGCGAAGACCAAGAUACAAGGGAGCUCACCAAAUGGAAGUCGAAAGGCCGAGUCUGAGUUACACCGUUGAUAUGCUUCCGCCGUUAGCACGAAUUCAUUCCCCCGCCGACACGAUACCUGUCCGACACUUGCAUCAAUCUAUCGGAAAAUCAAAGAAACCUAUAACUGUAGUGAGAUGGACACCCGAAGGUCGAAGAUUGUUGACUGGCGGCCAUACUGGCGAAUUCAUGCUGUGGAAUGGAACGGCAUUUAAUUUCGAGACGGUGAUGGAUGCCCAUUAUGAUCAAUUCCAAGCCGGCGUUACGUCCGCUGCAUGGUCGCAUAGCCACGACUGGUUAAUAUCCGGUGGACAAAAGGGAGAUGUCAAAUAUUGGCGACCGAAUUUCAACAACGUCGAGACCGUGGAUGAUGCGCAUCACGACGCCGUUCGAGAUUUGGCAUGGGGUCCGAGCGACACGAAAUUUCUUUCAGCUUCGGACGAUACGACAUUGAAAAUCUUUGAUUUCACUGCGCGAGCUUGCGAUACAGUGUUGACGGGCCAUAACUGGGAUGUGAAAUCCUGCGAUUGGCAUCCGACCAAAGGAUUGUUAGUGUCAGGGUCGAAAGACCACCAGGUCAAGUUUUGGGAUCCUCGAACCGGGAGAUGUUUAACCACUCUACACAGUCACAAGAAUACAGUUACCACUACGAAGUUCUCUCGAGUGAACAGUAACCUUCUCGCUACGUCGUCACGCGAUUGCACAGCAAGAGUAUUCGAUCUUCGGAUGAUGCGCGAUAUUUGUAUCCUUCGAGGACACGAAAAGCCCAUAUCUUCAUUGACGUGGCAUCCAGUCCAUAGUUCAUUGAUAUCAACAGGCAGUGAGGACGGUUCACUGUAUCAUUAUCUAUUGGACGAACCGAAUCUUCCUUCAGGCCAUGUCCCUACUGUUGCGCCUUACGAUAGCAAUGAUCCUCUCAACACUCCGCCACAGGUCAUACACCCCGCACACCGCAUUCAGUACGCCCACGCUUCAACUAUCUGGUCCUUAAACUGGCACCCGCUGGGCCACAUAUUGGCCUCCGGUUCAAAAGAUAAUUUCACCCGUUUCUGGUCCCGAGCUCGUCCAGGAGAAACUGCGUAUAUGAAAGACCGCUUCCACAUUGGUGAAGAAGCCGCCGAGGCACAAGGGACGUGGAACCGCGGCUUUGGGAAAAAACAGAUGCGAGAAGAGGAGGAGCAAGAAGCACAAGACGAAGCGGAGGGACUGGUCGAUCAAAAGACUGCUGCAUCAAGUCUUCCUGGUAUCCAGGGCAUGCAACUGCCAGGUAUCUCAUCGGAUGCUGGGCCAUCGGGAUUACUCCCAGGUAUUGGCAAUUACCAGCCACCACCACUGCAACCCAACAUGUCGAUGCCUGGUAUGGAUGCCAACUCCUUGGCUUCAAUGAUGGGAGCCGCAUCACAAGCAUCCUAUCCAGUUCAUAAUACCGGUAUUCCCGGAUUUAUGAUGAAUGCGCCGACGACCGCUACUCCACCACCACAACCUCCUAAACUGGACCCAAACCUGAAUUUAGCUGCAUUACAGAAACAAUUGAUGGCGCAGGGAAUCCAGCUUCCUCCCAAUUUUGCUAAUCCAAGCGCAUGGCAUAAUAGUUGA